UUACAAAAAAUUACAAGUUAUCGUUAAAACUCAUAGAAUAGUGCACCUCAAGAAAAAAAAAACGAAUAGAACAGUAAGUACUUGCUAAAGAAACAAGAACCUCCACAAACACAACAGCCAACAGAUCUAUUCGAAUUUCUUUUUCGACCGUUAGAGGGCCCUUUUCAGACAAAGAGAUAACGGUUAAAAAACCCAUGCCCUAACAUUCAAAAAAAUUAAAACAACAAAGAAACAUCCUCCACUAUCUCCCACAAACUUUUCACUCCAUUCAAUAACUUCUUAAACCAAAAUGAAAACUGCUUAACAAAAAAAAAAAAAACCCAACUUUUUUUUUUCCCCAUUUUUAUCCCAAUCAAUGGGUUGUGUAUCAUCCAAAUUACUGAAGAAAAAUCUGAAGCAAGAACUUCUUUUUGGAAAUGGAGAUUUACCAAAUCAUGUUGUUUCUUUAACUUCAAGCACUUAUGGUGUUCUUAAACUAGAAAACCAAAACAAAACCCAUGUUAUUUCUCCCACUUCAUUUAUCAAUCAAACAAUCAAGAAAAAAGACACCAAUGAAGAGGAAAAAUCAGUGCAGAAAACAGAAGAAAAUGGCACUAAAGUUGGAGUUUUCGUGUCGAAAAGUUCACAAUGUCAAGAAGAAUUAGAGGUGAUUAAUACAUGGGAACUUAUGGAAGAUCUUAUUGAGGAAAUACCCAAUUCAAAUCAAAUGAAUAAGAGCACAAUAUCGACAAGUAUUCGAGGUGGGUGUGGAGAGAAAGGUGAAAGAAGUCCAUUUAAACGGUUGAUAAAUCAAGUGAGUUCACCAAAAGGAGUGAAAAAAGUGGAUGGUAAAGAAAACAGAGGAGUACAGAGUAAUUGGGUGAAUAUUGGAGUUGAUACUACUAAAAGGCAACAAUGUUAUAGUACACCAAGAUCAGGGUUGUUAAAAUCAUGGAAAUUUUCAUCGAAUUCGACGAAUAAACUCCGAAAGGCGAGUUCUUUUGAGAGUCCAAGGAGGAGCAAUGCUGGGGUUUCAUCAUCAUCAAGGAGAAGAAGUUUAGGUCCAUUGUUUGAUCCUGAAUUAAUUGAUUCACUUGAGAAGGAAUUAUCACAAGAAAAUGAGCAAAUUAAGGAGAUGUUAUCUCCAAAACAAGCUAAACCAAGUAUAAAAAUCAGGUGUUUUUCAAGGAAUAGUCCUAAUUCUUCAUCAAUUUUACUUAAGAAUUAUGUGGAAAAAUGCCCACCUGGAGGUGAGAAUUGUGUAGUAAUGUAUACUACUACUUUGAGGGGGAUUAGGAAGACAUUUGAGCAUUGCAAUGCUGUGAGAUCAGUGAUCGAAUCGUACCACAUUCGAGUGAUCGAACGAGAUGUUUCGAUGGAUUCCGGGUUCAAGGAAGAGUUGAGGAAGUUGAUGGGGACAAAGGAAGUUAAAGUACCACUUGUAUUUGUGAAGGGGAGAUUGAUUGGUGGAGCUGAAGAUGUAGUGAAAUUGGAAGAAGAAGGGAAAUUAGAAGGAUUGUUUCAAGGAAUUCCAAAGGCAUUAAGUAUGUGUGAAGGAUGUGGUGGGAUUAGAUUUGUUAUGUGUAUGGAUUGUAAUGGAAGUUGUAAAGUGUUGGAUGAGAAUAACAAAAAUAUGGUAAGAUGUGGAGAAUGCAAUGAAAAUGGGCUAAUUCAUUGCCCAAUUUGUUGCAAUGAAAACUAAUCUUAUUCUUUGUUUGAUCAAGAAGUGAUUUCUAAGGAGAAAAAAGGGACUUUGUUGAAGAUCAUGGGGAUAAACACAAACUCAAGGUUCUAAAGUUAGAUUUAGGGCUUUUUUUUUGUGCUUUGUUAAGGUAGGAUUAAAUGAUUAAUCUUAUUUCUUGUCUAAUUUGUAUUCUGAAUGAAUUUUUUCUUUUCAUGAUUGAUUAACUUGUGAGUUUUGUGACUUGUUAAUGUUAUAUGGUGUGCAAAUUUAAUUUUUUUAUUA